ACGCAAGAUGACCAUUUUGAUUGGUUUACGAAUAUUUGAUUUAUCCAAUGAAACGAAGAUACACAAUAUACAAAUUUCAAAGCUUGAUGUCGGAUUUGUUUACAACACUAAAAAAUAAUUGAGUUAAAACCAAAGGGUGCAGUAUUAUGACAUUUUACCAGUAAUUAAUUUUAGACUGCUGAAAGAUAUACAUUUUGUGAUUGUUUUGUAAAGAAAUUGUGAACAGAAAAAUGAACACGAGGAAACAGAAGCACCAAACAGGCUUUGAAGUUAAAAAAUCAAAAGCAGCUGUUUCUCAGAUUCACCAUGAUUCUAAAUUACACAUCAGUGGAUUUAAAAGACAAGGAGACAACAUGGCUGAUCCCAUACAGAAGAGAAGACCUGCAUUUGGAGAUAUAACUAAUUCAAUAAUUGAAAAUAAAGGGCUGGUGAAGAAAGGAGAAGGAAAACAAAAAAUACCUGUGAAAGCUGUGAUUGUAAACAAAUCUAAACAGACUAAGACAAAGAAAUACAAGAAAGAAAACUUGGAUGAUGAAGUUAUACAGCUGUCUCAGGGUUCUGUAGUGUCAAGUUCUCAAGAGAGCAAUUCAACAUCAGACUUGUCAGAAACAGAGAUUGAAGAGCAUUCCUUGACCUUUACUGUAGAAGAUACUGAACCUGAGAUAAAUACACCAGAGGGUGUUGACAAUAUUGACAGAGAAAACCUAAAAGACAUAGCACAAGUGGCAUUAUAUGCUCCAUUUAUCUUCGACUACUAUAAGGAAAGAGAGCUACAGUUUAUGGUACCUAUGUACAUGGACAAUCAGCCAACACUGACAACAAACAUGAGAUCUAUUUUGGUGGAUUGGUUGGUAGAAGUCCAGGAGAAUUUUGAACUUAACCAUGAAACAUUAUAUUUAGCUGUCAAACUGGUGGAUACAUACCUAUCUAAACAGAUCGUCACCAAAGAACUUCUACAACUUGUAGGAGCAACAUCGUUGUUCCUAGCUUGUAAAUUUGAUGAACGGUGUCCUCCAUUAAUAGAAGAUUUCCUUUACAUAUGUGAUGAUGCUUACAACAGAAGAGAGUUCAUCUUGCUGGAAAUAUCCAUAUUUAAAACAAUAAAAUAUGACAUUGGCAUGCCCUUGUCAUACAGAUUUCUACGCAGAUACUCAAAGUGUGCCAGAGCUUCCAUGGAAACCCUUACCCUUGCAAGAUUUAUAUUAGAAAUGUCCCUGAUGGAGUAUGAGUUUAUCAAGUACAGAGAAUCCAAGAUGGCUUGUGCCUGUUUACAUCUGGCUCAGAAGAUGAAAAAAAGUGGAGAAUGGACGAGCACAUUAGAGUUUUACACUGGUUAUACACAUGAAGAUAUUCUACCUCUUAUGAAAGAAUUAAAUCAGAUGAUUGCAUCACCACCUAAACAUCUGAACACAAUACUGUCUAAAUAUUCACACCAUGUGUUUUAUGAAGUAGCAAAGAUCAAGGCAUUAAGUUCCAGUGAAUUGAGCUGAAGCUAGUUAAAGCAUAGUCAUAUAUUGUUGGCUCCAACUAUGUCCUGGAAUCUGAGCUUACAUCAAAUCAACCAUAAAGAGACAUCAAACUGUUUUACAUCUUAAUCACAUGUUACAUGGUGCUACUGGACAUUAUUACUCAUCAAGUUUCAAUUUAAUGCACACUGUUCGUGUGUUUAUUUUAAUUGCUCUAAUCAUUUCAACAAAAGGACAUAGGUCCAUGAGUGCCGACCCUUGAAACCAAAGCAUAACAAAAUAUAACUGCUUCACUUUCUGACUUCAAUUAAUUUGUCAUCGAUUGAUGUUUAUAAUCACAGCUUACAGGUCAUUGCAAACAAUAUGAACAUCAUUUUUCCUAAAUUUAGUCUUUUGGGGUAUUUAGUCUUUUGGGGUAUUAAGCCUUUUGGGGUAUUUAGUCUUUUGGGGUAUUUAGUCUUUGGGGUAUUAAGCCUUUUGGGGUAUUUAGUCAUUUGGGGUAUUUAGUCUUUUGGGGUAUUAAGCCUUUUGGGGUAUUUAGUCUUUUGGGGUAUUUAGUCUUUGGGGUAUUUAGUCUUUUGGGGUAUUUAGUCUUUGGGGUAUUUAGUCUUUUGGGGUAUUAAGUUUUAGGUUAGACAUUUAUGUCAUGAAUGCAAAAAUAUAUUUUAAAUAACUCAAUUUUAUGUCAAUCUAAAUUCCUGCCGAAAUGUUUUGAUAUUUUGUUGGUUUUCAGGACACUUCAUGAACCUACCUCCUUUUGUAUAUAUAAAUUUAAGUUUUAUCAUUAUUAUAGAAUGUUUUAGCAAUACAAGGAAGACUUCCAAUAUUUUCUACAAAUUUAUAUCACACUUUUUAUUCAGUUAAUAACUAGUUUGAACAUGUUUUGUUCUUUCAUUUUAAUCAUUUUGAAAAAUCUUUUUAGAGUAAGAUAAACUUUUAAGAACUAAACAAUCAUGAUAAUUUUAUGAUAAAAUCAGCGAGUAUUCUAUUUUAUUAAUGAUGAACAUUUGAUUUAAAAACAGUUUUUAUAUGACUACUUUGAAAUAACUUGAAUCAUUUUUUAGAUUAUUUGACACUAACUAUUUGAGAAGAUUUCAUCAUGAGAUACAAUUAUGGUUAUUGGUAUAUAUACUAGCAAACUCAUAAAGCUCAAACAUCUUAAAUUUAAAAGUGGUUGCAUUAAAGCAUUGAUGUGAAUUAGCUAGUCUCCUAGAUUUUAAAUUUGGUCUAAUAUAUAUUUAUAACCUUUAGACAUGGCAUAAAUUUUAUAGAUAUUUUUUUAUUUAUAUGUAUAUAUUAAGAUUUUAAGAACAUUCUGAAAUUAUUAUAGGACUUAGAAUUUAUAAGAUGAUAAUGGUCUUCUGACAUCUUUUACCUGUCAAAGACUAUGAUUGUUUUAAUUAAUUUUAGAAAUGUUUUGACAUAGCUGGAACCAGACAGCUUCCAGGUCAAUUAAACUAAAAUAUGGUUGUUAUGCAUAUCAUUGGUAAGAAUGGUAAUUUGUUUUACUAUUGUCCCAGAAUAAACUUUGUACAUACUAGGAAAUAGUACUAUAAUAUACCAAACUAGAGAAUAUCAGUGUUGUGACCCCUAUCCUCUAAGAAAUAUGUCAGAAACAUGAAUUGGUAGUUUUAUUACAUAUUAUAGUGUUGAUUUUGUGUCUGUUACUCUUUCCUUAUUAACUUUACAUUCUUUCCAACUCUUCAAUCCUCUCUCUCUUUUUUCAAACAUGGUCAUGUUUUCUGUUCAUGCAGAGGAACAGUUCAUACUGGUUUGAUCUGAUUUUUUCAGUUUGUCAUUAAAAAGUAUUAAAAAAAUUAUUUCAGUCAUUCAAACCUGUCCUCAUAGAACUACAAUGUAUCCCUGGGUUUCAAGGAAAAUGUCUGUGAAUAUCUACCUCAAUAAUAAAUACUCUGUUACAGAGGUUCACCUUUAAAUGAGAUCAGUAUCAUAGGGACAUUAGAGAGUAUUACUACAUAGGAUCUUUAAUACAGAAAAACUCACACUCCUGCUAUAAUAGACUAAAUUAAUAUUGUAAUACAUGUACUUGUAACAUUAUACAAGUUUCUUUGAUCUGUUUUAAUCCAUUGAACAAAAAGAUGGUCUAAUGUAAAGGUAUUGCUAAUGAUGCAUAAACUUUCAUGGACAUAUUUAAUAAAUCAGGCCAAUGGAAACCAAAAAUGACUGAACUUUAUAAACCUUCUUGUACCCAAUUUUCAAUAUUCCAAUAUAUAACAGAAAGUAAAGAAUAUUAGCCCCAUAUACAGUGAACAGUGGUAUGAAACUGACUUCAAAAGUAGCUUCCUAUUUUAAGAUAUUCUAUCAACCUAACAUUUAUUUAUGUCUGAAGUCAAUCUCUCCUCUACCUGCUCUAUUCUAUUGAUCCUAAACUUUGUACAUAUUUGUUAAUAAAUGUUGUUUUAUA